AUGUCGGCGACCCAUGUGAUUGCGAGCGGGAUAGCACCGAGCUACGGCUACUUCAAAUUCACGCCAGACAAGAUCUCGGUCACCCCCCUGCUGGUCGGCCUCCCCGACAUACUCACGUUGAAGGAAGCCAUCGAGCCCCAACUGGAGAUGGCUGGGCUGAUCGGCUUCGCCAGGGGCGCCGUGGCAACGCCGUCGGAGAGCUACCCCAACCUGCAAGCGGAGUUCCGCGUAGUGCACCUGCUGACCUUCAGGGUCAUCUCGCGGUGCUGCUUCCUGGGCAUGCAAAUCGCCUUGAAGCCAUGCAGGGACUACUUGGACGCCGGCCACCAGGCGUGGCACUUCAUCGAGUCGACGUACCAGGUCACCGACGACCUGUACAUCGGCCAGCUCGAGGAGCAGAUGACGCAUAUGCGGAUGGGCGACCAGGAGACUGCGAUGGACUACUGCAACCGGGCUCAGCAGCUUCUCGCCACCAUGAGAAUGUCCGUCGUGCAGUACUCGACGUCGUCAUAUGUCACGCACGUCCUGAAGGGCUUCCUGAGCAGUUACAACCUUAUGAAGCGGUUGUCGGUGGUGGUGAUCACGCGGGCGACACUCAACGAGGACUCGCUGACCUCGUACAUCCUGAGGGACGAGGCGAUGCAGGAGGCCGACCGGUCCUUGGAACUCUUGCCGCAGACGAACUACUCGACACCAGAGAAGGAAGCCGACUCCUCUGCUGGCGGCAAGGGGCGGGACUACAAGGAGGCGUCGUGCUCGCUGGUCGGCAUCGUGGAGCCGACCGUCUCGCUGGCGCCGAAGGCCGGCGAGGAUUUCCAGGCGAUGGCAGAGGUUGUGCAGGCGAACCUGGCGGUGGUCCUGCUCGACAGCGGCUGCUCGCAUCACCUGAUGGGGGCAAAUGAGGUCUACGUCGACAUGCAGCCGAGCGGCGACAUCAGGCACGUGCACGGCUUCAACGGGGCGCUGCAUGACAUCAAGGGCUGGGGCACGGUCGCCUUGCAAGGAGAGGCCUGGAAGCAUGUGCUGAUUUCCGACAUGCUCUACGCCCCCCCGGGCGUGCACGCGAAUCUGUUCUCGGCUGGCCAACUGAAGGAGAACGGUGUGAAGCUGAAGGAGAACGGUGUGAAGCUGAAGGAGGACGGCGACGGGAUGUUGCUUGUCACAGUGGCAGAAAACGUCCUCGGUCAAGCGUCCUAUUCUGGCCGGGUCCUCUGCACCGACCUACGUCCCUGCUCGACGAAGUCGACGACGACCUCGACGGAGGUAGUGGCCCUGCAAGCGAUAGUCUCGGCGACGAAGUCGACGUCGGACAGGCUGCAUGAGAGGCUUGCGCACGCCGCCAUGGACACCAUACGGAGCUCGGCGAAGCACGAGGUCGCCACUGGGCUGGACCUCAAGUCGGCGUCUGGCGCCGACUCACCGUGUGUCUCGUGCGUCAGCGGGAAGCUGGCGGGGCACACCUUCCCCGACCAGGGCUCUGACGCGGACGACGUGCUGGCUGUCGUGCACAUUGACCUGUGCGGGCCGUUCAGCACGAAGAAGUCGUUGCUGAUGCUGCGGUCUGACCGGGGAGGGGAGUUCCUCGGGAAGGAUUUCACCGCCUUCGUGGACGGCAAGGGGAUCGUCCACGACUUGAUCUGCCCGUACACCCCGCAGCAGAACGUCAUGGCGGAGCGGGAGAUGAGGACGGUGGUGGAGUUGGUGCGGACGAUGCUUCUGCACAUGGGCGUGCAGAACCACUGGUGGCACCUUGCUCUGUGGCAGGCCGCCUGGGUCCGCAACUGCCUUGAGAGGUCGACUCUACCGCCGAGGACGACGCCGUACCAGGUGGUCACCGAGCACAAGCUCGACUUGUCUCUGGAACGGGUGUGGGGCUACAUGGCCCAGUUUCUCGUCCCGCAGCACGGUGGGAAGCUGAAGGCGAAGGCCAGGUGGGGCCUUCACCUUAGCGUGUCGGAGAAGAGCAAUUGCUGGGAGCUCCUUGACAUCGCCGACAACCGUGUGGUCACCACGUCGGACGUGGUGUUCUACAAAACUAUGUUGCUGGAGGUGUGGAAGUCGGCGCAGGGGCCGGCGUCGGGGCGGAUGCAGGUCAACCCGCCGACGGACGCUCUCUCUGCUCGCCGAGCCGACGUGCUUGAGCCGACGUCAACGUCGGCCAGUGGCGAUGGGGGGUGCAGUGGGGCGUCGCCUGUGGCGCCGGCCAAGUGCAUCGCCGGUGGCCGAAGUGACGCCAUGCAACUCGGCGUGGGAACGGAGCAGUCGACAGAGGAGCUGCAGGUCAAAGAGGUGCAGCCGACCUUGGUGAAGCUGGCGAAGAAGGCAUCAGCAGCAGCCGACAGGGGAGCAGGCAGCCGUAAAUCCGACCACGGAGGAGUCGGUGUCCGGGCGGUCGGCAGGGGAGCCGACUGUAGGGGAGAAGUCGGCAGAGAUGCCAACUGCGUGUACGACGAGUUCGACGACGACCUGCAGUACGACGACGCCGAGGAGGAUGAAGAACUGCCGGAGCUCGACCCCGACAUGAACGCCGACCCCGAGCACCGUUGGGACAUCUCGACGAUGACGGUGAAGGAGGAGCUGGCGAGCUGGAAGGGCAAGGCGGUGAAGGCUGCCAUGGAGGAGGAUAUCCGUAGCCUCAUCGGCCUGGGAACCUGGGAGCUGGUCGAACGCCCACCUGGGGUGAACAUCAUGAAGAACCGGUGGGUGUUGACGACAAAGUACCACAUCAACGACACCGUCAAGCAAGAGAAGGUGAGGCUGGUCAUGAAGGGCUCCACGCAAGUGUAUGGCGCUGACUAUGACGAGACGUACGCACCGAUGAGCAGCUACGUCAUACUGAGGAUCUUCCUCAGCUUCGUCGCCAUCCUCGACCUCAACCUGAUGCAGCUCGACAUGAAGAACGCCUUCCUGCAGAGCAAGCUCGACCGGGUGCUAUACAUGAACCAGCCGGACUACUUCAACGACGGGACUGGCCGGGUGUGCAAGCUGCUGAAGAGCCCCUACGAGCUGAAGCAGUCGCCGCUGUUGUGGUACAGGGCUCUCGAUGGCGUGCUGCUGGGCGCUGGCUGGAAGAAGAGCCAGGUCGACACGGCGCUCUACUUCAUGAUCGGCAACGACGGUGUGGCCUGCUGGAUGCUGGUCUACGUCAACGACCUGCUCGCCGCCAACAGCAGCACCAAGAUGCUGAAGGAGCUGAAGGAGCUGCUAGAGGCUGCCUUCGAGCUGCGUGAGAUCUCGCUGGUGCAGAAGUACCUCGGGCUGGAGAUCGUGCGCGACAGGCCGGCAACGAAGUUGUGGCUCCACCAGCAGGGCUAA